UGAAGGACCAGGGGAAGAAAAGUAGUCCGAAAGAAGGGCUUUCUUAUAGAUACGGGGACACACGAACUGCAGGAUUAAUAAAAUGGUUGCCACCGUCGGACGACCUCUGCUGAUACAGCACCGCACCACGGGCAAACAGACGUGAUCGAGAGGGAUAUUUUCGGGGGGAAGCGCUUAUGUGCACCAGAGGCUGAGUGCAUCCGCAGAGAUGGAUGCUGGUUAUGAGGAGACGGAAGUGAAAAUCAUCACAGAAGAAGUGGAGAGCUGUUACGCUUUCAUGGAAGUUUCCUCACCCAAAAGGAGAAGGAAGAGUAAAAACCAGGGAGACCAUGCGGAUAAAUCCAAAAAGCCGAGGUCUGCGUACCUCUUGUACUAUUUUGACAUUCAUCAGAGUAUGCAGCAGGAGUAUCCCGACCUACCACAAUCUGAAAUUAACAAGCGGAUCAGCGAGAGCUGGAAAAGGCUCAACGUGGCAGACAAGGGCUAUUACUUGGAGAGAGCCAAGCUGGAGAGGGACGGGAUUGACCCUAGCAGCCAAGGAGCGGGCACCUCCACUGAUGUCCCAGGCUUCCGGAAAAUCCUACCCCGGGCAAACUACGUACUCCUCCCUAAGGGGGGGAUUCCGGAAGAGGAUAGGGUGUCUGGCCCGGUGGAGGUAUGUAUGGAGACCAUCGAACCCCUGGGGGAGGGUCUCUCAGUGGGGGGCCAGCCUGUCUCGCACGAGACCCUCUUAUCGCUAGGCAGCGAAGUGGAGCUGUCGGAGCAAUGCAUUGCCAUCGAGGGGCUGACGGAUGAGACAGCGGCCGUUCUCAGCCGUCCAGGAGCUCUGCAGGAGAUUCUGUCCCAGUGCUCAUCCAGUGCCGCGCAGGACAAGCAACCUGCUGGCUUCCUAGUGAAGGAGGAGCCUACAGAAACAGGCGACGCUUACAGUGCCGUAGGCAUGUUGAUGGAGGAGGGGGGUGUGAGCAGCCAGGUGGUACAACACAUCAAGGAGGACGCGACACACCUGGUCACCAUUGUCCCUAACCAGGAACUGGUGGAGUCCAAAAUACCAUCUACCACCAGCUCUCUUGUCAUGGUUCCUGUUACAUCCAGUCAGGAGCCUGACCCAAAACCGUCCUUAAAACUGUCUAUAAAAUACACCAGAAGAGGGCGUGGAAGUUGCCACACACCUGGCUGCUCAUUCUCAUAUGUCACCCGUCACAAACCACCCUACUGCCCAGACUGUGGACAGCACCUCGGGGGCAAAUGGGUGCCCACUGCAAAGAAAGUUCAGGCCAAGGCAGCUGCUGUUACUGCCAAAUCGUCUCCACGGAAACUGCUGAGGAAUCCCAGCCAUCCAGGCACGACACACCCAGAGCCCGUGACGCAGCUCAUCGUUAAGUCGACCUCCCUGGGGGGUGACCGGCUGCAGUGGAAGGAAGUGGCGGUGACCGACAGUCAACAGUUGGCUGCUCCGUGUGCCCCCCUGGACAGGAGUGCUGGAGUCCAGCGGCCGAGCCAGGAUCCCACGGAGAUCAAGAAGGAUCCAAGGCUGAUAUCUGUGUGCAAAGUGCCAGCAGGGGGCAGUGUGGACCUUGUGUUACCCACUGUUGUGUCCAAGGCACCUACCAUCGAAAAAUCUAUGGCACCAUUUUCCAGUGUGAGGGCUAGAACAAGGGAGAAGAGUUCUGUUUUAGGGCCCAAACGUCGUGUCCGUGCUAUCCUUCCUGCUCCAACCACCGCAGGUCCUGGCUCUCGAACCACUUUCGUCCAGUGGGUCACGGUGCCCCCUGAAAAGGUUAAAGAGAUAGCAGUAUCAAAACUCAACGUCAAAACAGCUAAUCCUUCACUGGAGAAGGUAUCAGGCCUGAAGCCCAGCACGCUGAAGCAGCUUGGACAUGCUGUGAAGCCUGUCCACCAGGAGCAGCAGACCCCCCAUGGCAUGACCAAUACCAGUCAGUAUAUUGUGACUGAUAAAGGGCUCAAGAUCCUGUCCGUUGUGUCCUUCAAAAGUACGGCUUCUACCUUGGACCUCGGUCUGUCCACGGCGCGGGGCAGGGGCAAGUGCAAGAACCCAGCCUGUGACUAUGUGUACAAGAACAGACACAAGCCACCUGUGUGUCCCACCUGUGGCUGGGAGCUCAGCAAGAAGGACAGCAAGAAGCCUGGGCUUACGAGCGGGUCAGAACCUGACUCAGCCGGCUUCCUGGACCCAUACCGCCCCCUGAGCCCGGCACAGAAGGAGACGCAGCGCCAGUCGACCCUGCAGCUGCUGCGGCGCUCGAUCCAGCUCCCGGAGAGCGAGGCAGAGCUGCAGGAGGUCAUGGCACUGAUCCAGGAGCUCAACAGCGCACAGGUGGUUCUGUCCGGCACUGAGGGGGAGAGUGGCAUCUCCUUGGCUGUGGAGCAGAGUGGGUGGCCGCGGUUCUACGAGUCGGCUGCACAGGAAUGUGCCCUCUGCCACUUUCCCCUCUUCAAGGGCGGUCAGAGCUCUGUGGCUGGCCAGGAGGACUGCUGGCUGCUGACAGACUCCCACAUCCAGACUGCCACAAUCCAGCUGAAGAUCUGUCUGAAUCCCCAGUGUCUGGCACUGCACAGUUUCUGUGAUAUCCACCCAGGUCUUUUCAACGUGGGAAACAAACUUCUGGUGAGCUUGGAUCUCCUCUUCAAGAUCCGUAGCCAGAUCAAGGCAGGCCAUGACCCAAAUGAAGCUGCUCUCAUGGUUCUCAACAGUGUGCAAAACCAGCCUGUUCACACACUCAACUCCAAGGAGGUGUCCCACAUCCAGGAGUUGCUUUGCAGUGGCUACUGGGCCUUCGAGUGCCUGACGCUCCGUGACUACAAUGACAUGAUCUGUGGUGUUUGUGGCAUUGUGCCCAAGGUGGAGAUGGCACAGCGCAACGCCAGCAACGUGCUGCAGCUAAAAAAUGUGGAGUUCACGUGGCCAGACUUCCAGGCAGCCGACGAAGUGAAUGUAGAUGACUUCUGGCUCACCAUGGAGAGCGAGGCCAUCGAGCAAGCGGCUUUUCCCUCCAGCAUUCCCAUCACCAAGUUUGACGCCUCCAUCAUUGCUCCCUUCUUUCCGCCUCUCAUUAGGAACUCCGUCGUUAUCAACACUGAGAAGGACAAGAAUGUCUUCGACGUCGCACCUGCAGGUGACCCGUCAGCUUUGGUUCGCCAGAUCCACGAGGGUGCUUUGAAGCCGGAGCAGAUCCAGGGCCACAGCAUGGAGGAGCUGAGGGUGGUUCUGGAGCGUUGUGGCAUCCCUUGUGGGCCAGAAAGUUCUAAGGGCCAGAUGAUGGGCUUGGUAUGUGCACUGUAUGCCCAUGUACAGAAUGGCUUCGUGUCCAGCCCCCAGCCCCCUCCUCACCUGACCGCUGGCAAGCUGUACAAGAUGUGUCCACACCAGGUGGUGUGUGGCUCCAAGUACAUGGUGAGGGGUGAGACCGCCCGCGACCAUGUGGACCUACUGGUGUCAUCCCGCCACUGGCCGCCGGUGUAUGUGACGGACUGCGCUCGACAAGUCGCGCUCUGUACCGAUGUCCAUUACCCUGACCUGGCAUGGCAAAUGUGGGGCAAAAACCAAGGCUGCUUCUCCGACCCAAUGGGUGAACUGGAGUACGUUUCCUGUGCAGAACUCCAGGAUCAGCAGUACAGCAUGGACCUGUCUGGGGUCGAGAGUUCUCCAGUACACCCCAUCACCAAGUCCUCAUCCCGCUGGAUCGUGCACCCUGGCGAAGCAGGCGAUGGGGCACCUGAACUUCGUCACCACUCUAUGGUGCUCUGCCAGGAACUGGAGCCAUAUCAGAAACUCGCUGCUGCCCAGCAGGAGUGCGAAACGGACGGCGGAGUCACCUCUGUGCGCCGCAGGCCACUGGUGUUUGACAAUGCUGCCUACUAUUACCUCUACAAUCGGCUGAUUGACUUCCUCACCAGUAGGGACAUCGUAAACCAGCAGAUCAGUGACGUCCUGCAGGGCUGCCAGCCUGGAGAGGUGGUGAUCCGGGACACGCUGUACCGCCUGGGUGUGGCGCAGAUCAAUACAGAGGUGGAUCCAGGGACGGAGCCAGAGGAGACAAUUGUGUCCUAGAGCAAGGGCGUGUACUUGCUGUCUGCAGUCUCCUAUCAGUGUCAUCCAGUGGCCCUACAGCCCUUGAAGUUCUCUAUUUGCAGAAUGAGGAAUAUUGCACUUUUAAGCAAGCCAUAGAUUACCCUGCUUAAAUUUAAAUCUGUUUUCUAAUUUUCUAUGAUUUGAGGAAAAAUGCUGCCAACAGAGCCAAAUCUGUUGACUAUGAAUCUUCACAUAAAUGAUUUUGUCCAGUUCACAUUAUAGCUCGCUAUAGAGUUUCACACGAGGGAGCUCAGUGGUAGUGAUCGAAUCUCUAGGGAGAAAAGUGUCUCCCGUUCUGGCUUUUAAAGUGUUCAACCUCAGUUUUUAAAACGCUGUGAUAUGAAUGCCCUGACAGAAGAGUGUAAACGUCAGAAGUCGACACAUCGCACUUCAGGCUUGCAGUUUCUGGAAUACUCCUCCACCUGUCAGGAUCUGCUUGCACUCAUUUUGACUGACACUGUAAUGUCCUUCAGCUCUCCACGUGCAUGGCCAAACCUGCAGGGACACAUCUACUGGGGAUGAGAGAGAAGGUGACAAUAGCGCCGAUGCUGAGGAGUGGCUCAGUGAUCUGUUUGUCACCUUGUGUUGCCUUGCUGCCGGGGCUGAUGGACAGUGUUUAGAGUUUAGGACGCACUGGGAAGCGUGAUGAGUUCCACUGUAAGAAAGCCUGUUUUCUGGCCAGAGUCGUAAAUGGAGAGACGUGGUGAAACUGCCUAGUAUAUCAAAAUAUGUACCGCUUGGAUGACCCUGGGUUUGAACAGAUGGAAGAGGACAUUGACACUCAUGGCCAACGUGAAGUUUUAAAUCUGGCCUAAUUUAUUUUAAAUUUCAACAACCAAAUAUCGGCAUGUAGGUUGUAACCUAUGGAUGACUGUAAAUACAUGGACUGAAAUGAGAAACAAAACAUAAUUGGCAUUAAAGUGGUAGUUCCACUACCACUUCUCUUUUUGGAAAGGCAGAUCUAUUUUGUUUAUUCUCAAUGAAAUCUUAACCCCAUGCUCAUCACAGGCUGAUCUAAGGCCCAGGCAGUCUGGUUGACGGCUCCAAGUGAAGCAAAUUUCAGCUGCAUGGACUUGGAGGAGCUACAAGAUGAAGUGAUUUGGUGACUCCAGUUCCCAGUAGCAUUUUUCCUCCUCCUGAUGUCAUUGUUUGCUUCUUAUUGCUGAUCUCACUCUUCUGCAAUAGUUAUCAAUCCAGCAGGGCUCAGAGAUGGAUUCUGCCUGUGCUAUAGAUGACCAUCACACACCACCUUGUCCUGCAUCCUGUGCCGCUUGCUGAUCCAUUCCUUUCUGCAUAUCCUGACAGACGCCAGUGUUUACUGUUACUCCAUACUUUGGAUUGUAUUUCUGCAUAGUUUUUUUUUUAUUUUUAAUUUUAUUUAUUUUUUUUAAGGGAUUGAAAGUUCAGGGAGUGUUUUCUCAAAUCCAACUUUCAACAUUUGACAGUUUUACGUGAAAUUAUUUCCUCCCACUGAGUUUUGGGAAUAAGCUUUCCUGAAAAGGUGAAUUACCAAGGUCAAUAAAUGCACGAUUACUGGAACUCUUGGGUUUUCUUAAUCCAGCUUCCUGUAUAUUUCCUUCUCGGAGAGGGUGGUCCCAAGUCCUCACCUAUCCAGCUGGAACUCCUCUACCUCUGAAAAUAUGUAUACAAGAGAAAUCUCUUCCUGUCAGAAUGGAGAACUGAUCUCUGAAAAGGACAGUUCUCAUGUUUGAGCUUGAUUUCCCCCCCCCCCCCUUGGUAACCUAAAACGAGCAUCAAGUUAUUUGGUGUGUGUGUGUGUGUGUGGCAUUUUCGUGCUAUGCGUCUCUGCAGCUCCUUGUUCAGAGCAGUUGCUUGUGCUGGUGUGCAUUCUGUCUUUUGUUAUUAUUGAAUCAUCUGCUGAAUUGCAGACCGGGGGGCGUGGAGGAAUCCUGGGAAAUUUUCCUUCUUCUGCUCAACCUCAUCCCACUUCCCCUUUUGUACCUGGCAACUGUCCCAUCUCUUCACCUUUGUGUACUAGCAACGGACUCAGUCGGUCUGAGGUUGGCCUGGUUUCACUGAUGAUGGGGAGACUCAUCCCUGCCUUCUGUGAAGGGACUUGAAGAUGUUUUAUGGCGUCCUCUGUCAUACGACAACUGUAAAUGCUCCUCUGAAAAAUAAACAUGUUUUACCUUA